UGUUCCUCCCGGUACACAAUUUGUAGUGCACGUACUUUGUUUACUUCCGCUGCAUCUCGCUGAGAAGUAGUUUCCAAUUAAAACGUUUGUCGGGGGUGAUGUUUGAAAACUUUGAGUCCGACAUUAAAAUUAGUUCAAAGUUUUAAUAGUUUUUUUUUUUUAAAUAAUAGAUUAUUUAUUUAUUUAUUUGUCGUCACCCAUUGGAUAGACGAGACUGCCGGUUGUUGAGUGGUUAUAGAGAUGGAGGUGGAGGUGGAGCAGAGUCCGGGCACUGCCGCUGUUUCUGGAGGAGGACAGGAUCAGGAUGAGGACGAGGACAAGGAGAAGCCGACGGACAUGGCUGCUGUAGAUGCAGAAGAGGAGGACGUGGAUGCUCUCCCUCAUUCAGAGAUCCUGGAUAUUUUUGAGGAGGGACUUGCUCAGCUCGUGCAGGACCCUUUGCUCUGCGAUCUGCCAAUCCAGGUGACUCUGGAGGAGGUCAACUCUCAGAUUGCUCUGGAGUACGGCCAGGCCAUGACCGUGAGAGUUUUAAAGGCAGACGGGGAAGUAAUGCCCAUAGUGGUGGUGCAGAACGCUACAGUCAUUGAUCUGAAGAAGGCCAUCGCCAGGUUCACGGAGCUGAAACAACAGCGUGAAGGCGGAGUGAAACAUAUCAGCUGGCGGUAUGUUUGGAGAACGUAUCAUUUAGUGUUUCAGGGCGAGAAGCUUGAAGAUGACAAGAUGAGGCUCAAAGAGUAAGACUCUAUGGCAUCAGGAACAGGGACGAAGUGACGUUCAUGAAGAGACUCCGAAAAAAGUGACGUGUCACAGCCGACAUUUGCUACCUCGGGAUGACAUUUUCUGCAGUGCCAAACUCUCUGGGAACCUGACCCCAGACACGGUCCACAUAAACCACCCCCAGACGCCAACUGCAAAUCAAUUAUCUGUAAAUUAUCUGUAAAUUAACGGAUCUUGACUUUUGUUUUGCCUUUUCUUCUUUUUUGUGUGUGUACAGUUACAGUACAGUUGUGUCAUGAAUAAAAAUGGAUAAAAACA